AUGUCGUUCCUCAUCGUUUUCUUCUUUCCUCGCAACUAUUGCAGAAUCGGUGAUCGAUCAAGUGGUUCUUCUUCUUCUUCCUUAACUUCAAACUAUAAAAACUUGUUGUGUAAUUGUGGUGAACAACCAAAAAUAUGGACUUCGACUACCAGGAAGAAACCUGGCCGGCAUUUCAUUCGGUACCCAAAUUCUCUGGAUCCUUCAAAAGAUUGUAAAUCUUUUGUAUGGGUAGAUGAGGAUUUGGGUAUGCAUUGGUAUAAGAGUAAAUUUAAUGAGUUGCAUAGGGAGAAUAUGGAAUUGUUCAAGGAAAAUAUGAACCUUUCAAAGAAGAAUAUGGAUAUGGAGAAUUGUCGAGUACAUCUGGAACUUUUGUGUGAGUCUAUGGACGGUUUUACCCUUUUCCUAACUUCUGUAAUGGAAUUGUGA